AUAUGAAUACAGGUGGUUAACUUCAAGAAGGUAUCUUUCGAGUUCCUUUCGCGCACUCGGCUGCUGUCCGCCUCUCCCCGGGGCUCUCCUUGUGUCAGUGGAGCCAUGGCGUUGGCUGAGACCUACCGGGCAGCAUCCUCCCUGCCCAAUGGCGACUGCAGCUGCCCCCGGGUGCGGCCCGGAGGGAACCGGGUGACAGUGGUGCUCGGCGCACAGUGGGGCGACGAAGGCAAAGGGAAGGUGGUGGAUCUGCUGGCACAGGACGCGGAUAUCGUGUGCCACUGCCAGGGAGGAAAUAAUGCCAGCCACACAGUUGUUAUAGAUUCCGUGGAGUAUGAUUUUCAUCUUUUACCCAGUGGAAUAAUUAAUCUAAAUGUUACUGCAUUCAUUGGAAAUGGUGUGGUAAUUCAUCUACCGGGAUUAUUUGAGGAAGCAGAAAAAAAUGUUAAAAAAGGAAAAGGUCUGGAAGGCUGGGAAAAAAGGCUUAUCAUAUCUGACAGAGCUCAUAAUGUGUUUGAUUUUCAUCAAGCAGCUGAUGGCAUCCAGGAACAGCAGAGACAAGAACAAGCAGGAAAGAAUUUGGGUACCACAAAAAAGGGCAUCGGCCCAGUUUAUUCUUCCAAAGCUGCUCGGAGUGGACUCAGGAUGUGCGAUCUGGUUUCUGAUUUUGAUGGCUUCUCUGAGAGGUUCAAAGUUCUGGCAAACCAGUACAAAUCUAUAUACCCCACUUUGGAAAUAGACAUCGAAGGUGAAUCAAAACUCAAGGGUCAUAUGGAAAGAAUUUAACCAAUGGUGAGAGACGGAGUGUAUUUUCUAUAUGAGGCCCUGCAUGGACCACCAAAGAAAAUCUUGGUAGAAGGUGCAAAUGCAGCACUUCUAGAUAUUGACUUUGGAACUUACCCUUUUGUAACUUCCUCAAACUGUACAGUUGGAGGUGUUUGUACUGGAUUGGGUACGACCCCUCAGAAUGUUGGGGAAGUGUGUGAGGUUGUGAAAGCUUACACAACUAGAGUUGGUAUCGGUGCCUUUCCUACAGAGCAAGACAACGAAAUUGGAGAAUUAUUACAGACAAGGGGUGGAGAGUUUGGUGUGACUACUGGAAGGAAAAGAAGAUGUGGCUGGUUGGAUCUCGUUUUGCUUAAAUAUGUGAAAAACUUGUAA